UUUACAUCCGGGUCCUUAGGCUUAACGCUCCAGUCGGGUGGUGUUUCUGCGGGCUGACUGGCCGUUGGUUGUUCCUGCUGUUCCAGCGUCGGAAAAGCCGGUGGGUCGGCGGGGUUUGCGGAGAGACGGGCCCAGCGGCCAGGCAGGUGAGGUAUCACUUUUAUACAAAAGGGAGGUUUGGUUAUUACAUCAUUCAUAGGGAGAGUUCUGGAUUUUAGUUUGAACUUCUUGUCCUGGAAGCUGUGCAUCACCAUAAUGAGGCUUGUAAUUCUUGAUAACUAUGACUUGGCUAGUGAAUGGGCAGCCAAAUACAUCUGUAAUCGCAUCAUUCAAUUCAGACCGGGACAGGACAGAUACUUUACACUGGGUUUGCCAACAGAGGGAAGAGUAUUGGACCUGGAAUCAGAGCUGCUACUUUCUUGGGAGUACACCUUUAGGAUGUUAUAAAAAACUAAUAGAAUACCACAAGAAUGGAGACCUUUCUUUUAAAUAUGUGAAGACCUUUAACAUGGAUGAAUAUGUAGGACUUCCCAGAAAUCAUCCUGAAAGCUACCAUUCUUAUAUGUGGAAUAACUUUUUUAAGCAUAUUGAUAUAGAUCCUAAUAAUGCUCAUAUCCUUGAUGGGAAUGCUACAGAUUUACAAGCAGAAUGUGAUGCAUUUGAAAAGAAAAUAAAAGAAGCUGGAGGAAUUGAUCUUUUUGUUGGAGGAAUUGGUCCAGAUGGUCAUAUUGCUUUCAAUGAGCCAGGAUCCAGUUUAGUAUCAAGGACAAGAGUAAAGACUCUAGCAAUGGACACCAUUUUGGCAAAUGCUAAAUAUUUUGAUGGAGAUUUAUCAAAAGUGCCAACUAUGGCUCUAACAGUUGGUGUGGGGACAGUGAUGGAUGCUAGAGAAGUAAUGAUCCUCAUAACAGGUGCACACAAGGCAUUUGCUCUCUACAAAGCAAUAGAAGAAGGAGUCAAUCACAUGUGGACUGUUUCAGCUUUCCAGCAACAUCCCCGAACUAUUUUUGUAUGUGAUGAAGAUGCUACUUUAGAAUUAAGAGUUAAAACUGUGAAAUACUUUAAAGGUUUAAUGCAUGUGCACAAUAAACUUGUGGAUCCAUUGUACAGUAUGAAAGAAGCAAAUUGAAGGAGACUGGAUCAAAAUUCUGCUUGAAUGAACAGAACACUUUUAUACAUAGAUGAAUUUUCAGCUAUGCAAUAUGAUAAAACUUGGGGAAUUUUUGAAUAUUGUCAUUUUUGAAGUCUAAUAUCUGUAUGUUAAACAUUCCAUAUUUACAAUGUAUCCAUUUUAUACUAGGGUUUAGACAUAACUGGCUCUCACAAUUGACCAGCUAGUUGUUACAGAAGCCACAGUCACUCUAUAACAUAGCACAGAAAUGAAAUGUCUGCCUGUUUACAAAUUUUAAGUCAUUUUAAAGGUGAAAGUUCUGUACAUAAAGUACCAUUUAUAUGACUCCAGUGGCAUUAUUAGAUUUUUAUUUUUUAAUCACAGGAAGACACUCCAAGCCUUUCAGGUAUCAAACCACUAUCAUUGCAAGCCUUUACUUCCGGAAUGCUAUCUUUAUAUUCUCUCUGCACAAGCUUUCUGCACGUGGUUGCCUUAGUCAUCUUCCUGCAGUAGCAUGUGGACAUCAAAAGUCCUGCUAUAUAUUGUUGGUACAGAAAAUUUGAAGAGACUGCAGUGCCUAAAAGUACAGUUUACGUCCUUUUGGAAAGUAUGUGUAAGUGCAUGUAUUUUUGUGCACCACCUUCUGUAGCACUUUAAACAAAUGUGCUCUUAUUUUUAUUUAAUGACUUGGGUUCAUGCACUUAAUUUAAGUAUUUUUGGCAAUUAGGAGCUUUAUACCUAGCAACACACUUAAGGAAAUUUUUUUUGAAGAAAAUUUUCUGAUUAUCAUUAAACUUCAUAAAUGGUUAGCUUUAUUCCUUACAUAUAUAUAAUAUCUAAAAGGAUGAAAUAUAAUAUAAAAUUACUGUAAACUAUUUUAGACUGCCAUAACUUGCAUUAUUAAAUUGCAAAUAAAAGUAUAUUGUUUUCUAUCUUUAACUCAAAUAAAGCUUAUAAUAAACAAA